AUGGGCGUCCCAACCCACUCGCCGCUUUCUAACGAGCCCAAACCAGCACCCCUGGUCAGUCCUCCCAAUACAGUCGCGCUCUCGGCGAUCAUCUCAGGGUGUAAAGUGUUUGCCAAACGACUAGACGAGCCCGAGGCAAUCAAAGCCGAAGUCCUUGGCAUUAGACCCGCUAGUGUUCAACGACGCUCUCGAUUCGCAAAACCCCUGAUCAAGGAGGAAGAGACGACGGCCAAUGGCGUAGAGAAGGAAGCUGAAAGCUUGGAGUUCUAUUUGCAUUGGAUAGGUUACAAUAAACGAUUGGAUGAAUGGGUGGUUGGAUCUCGAGUCCACUUGGAUCAAUCCAUAGAGUGGCCCGUCGUCAACCCAACCCCAUCAACCUCCGCCAGCAGCACAGCUCCUUUACCCAAGCAAUCAGGAAAACAGGCACGGAAAUCGUCGGUGAUCCAUAAACGCGACAGCUCUAAGCUCCGCAAGGUGGCCUUGAAGAACGCUCAAAAGUUGACCCACGAUGACGAGGAAGAUCAAGAUCAAGAGGAACAUGAUCACGAGGAGGACGAGGAGGAUGAAGCAGAUGACGACGAGGACGACGAUGAUGAUCUGGAUUCAGAUCGGCCACUCAAUCAGUUCUCUAAGCAAGACGAGAUCGAGAAGCUGAGGACCUCUGGUAGUAUGACCCAAUCACAUCAUGAAAUAUCACGCGUCAAGAAUCUGGAUCGGAUUCAGAUCGGCAAACACGAAGUCGAAGCCUGGUACUUCUCACCUUACCCGAUCGAAUUCGCCCACAUACCGAUCUUGUACAUCUGCGAAUUUUGUUUAUUGUUUUAUGGAUCAGAAGCACAGAUCCAUCGACAUCGAAUAAAAUGCACCCUGCUGCAUCCGCCCGGGAACGAAAUCUAUCGCUCAGAAGAGAUCCAUUUCUUUGAAAUCGACGGACGGAGACAGAAGACAUGGUGUCGAAACCUGUCGCUCUUGAGCAAAUGUUUUCUGGACCACAAGACGCUCUACUACGAUGUCGACCCGUUCUUGUACUACGUGAUGUGCCAGAGAGAUUCGAAUGGACUGCACUUGAUUGGGUACUUCUCCAAGGAGAAGGAGUCGGCGGAAAACUACAACGUGGCGUGCAUCUUGACCUUGCCCCAAUAUCAACGGCUCGGUUUCGGGAAACUGUUGAUCGAAUUCAGCUAUGAGUUGUCGAAGAAGGAGGGCAAGCUGGGCUCGCCCGAAAAACCCCUCAGUGACCUGGGUCUGCUCUCCUAUCGUGCCUACUGGGAAGAAACGAUCGUCGGAUUCAUCCUCGAAUGUCACAAGAAAAGCGAAGGCGUCAGUAUUGAUGAGAUUGCUCAGAAGACGGCGAUCGUCCAUGGCGAUGUGAUGCAUGUGUGUCAAACAUUACAGCUCUUAAAAUAUCGGAAUAAACAGCAUAUUAUUUGUUUAUCGGAUGCAAUCAUCGAACGGUUUGAAAAAACAAGCAGAAAGAACCGCAAACGCAUCCAGCCUAACCAACUGAUUUGGAAACCUCCAGUAUUCUCUAGAGCUCAACUUCAAUUCGGAUUCUAA